AGGCGCAAGUACACGCUCAAGAUCGUGGAGGAGGAGGCAAAGAAGGAGUUUGAGGAGAACAAGCGCUCGCUGGCAGCACUGGACGCGCUUGAUACGGACGAUGAGAAUGACGAGGAGGAGUACGAGGCCUGGAAAGUGCGUGAGCUGAAGCGGAUCAAACGGGACCGUGAAGAGCGAGAAGCCAUGGAGAAGGAGAAGGCGGAGAUCGAGCGUAUGCGGAACCUGACGGAGGAGGAGCGCCGCGCCGAGCUUCGGGCCAACGGCAAGGUCAUCACCAACAAGGCGGUGAAGGGCAAGUACAAGUUCCUGCAGAAGUACUACCACCGCGGCGCCUUCUUCAUGGAUGAGGACGAGGAGGUGUACAAGAGGGACUUCAGCGCCCCGACCCUCGAGGACCACUUCAACAAGACCAUCCUGCCCAAAGUCAUGCAGGUCAAGAACUUCGGGCGCUCAGGGCGGACAAAGUACACGCACUUGGUGGACCAGGACACCACCUCCUUCGACUCUGCGUGGGGCCAGGAGAGCGCGCAGAACACCAAGUUCUUCAAGCAGAAGGCGGCGGGUGUGCGGGACGUCUUUGAGAGACCCUCGGCCAAGAAGCGAAAAACCACUUAAGGGCGCAGGCAGGAGGGCGCAGCGCGGCCGGUGCUUCUGUGCCAGCUGCCGGGGGCCGGGCAGGGACAGAAGGGACAUAGCGCUGUGCCAGGACUCGUGUGGCAACAAGCCCUUCCUCUGCC